AUGGGUGAAGGAUCCGGAGCAGGCGGUGGCUUGGGAUACGGUGAGAGUAGUGGAAAUGGCAGAAACAAGUAUAACUCUGCCAAGGGAGCUGGUGGAGGAGCGGGAAACGGUGCUGGUGGUGGUUCUCAAGGCGGAGCCGGAUCCGGUUCCGGGGGUGGCUAUGGCACCGGUGCUGGUGCGAGUGGCUCGGCAUCAGCCCCUAGUGGCAACGGGUAUGCCAACGCUGUUGGUCAGGGUGGGGGCGGUGGUGGUUCAGAUGGGUCAAGCGGGUCUGGAGCCGGAAGUGGUGUUGGCAAAGGAUAUGGUGUGAGUGGCAUAGCAACCGCACCGGCUCCUUCUGCUGGUGGUGUCAGCUACUCUGAUGCUGGCGGUGGUGGUAACGGUGAUGGUGGCGGUGGAAAUGGAGGUGGUAAUGGCGCUGGAGGUGGACAUGCUUCCAGCGACGACAUUUCUGGAGGCAAUGCUAGUGGAGGGGGUAGCGGCAAUGGUGGUGGCCAAACUGGAGGUGUCGCUCAAGGUCCAAGCAUGGGAGUUGGUUCUGGCUUGGCUCUGGAGGCGGACAGACUAGUAGCACUGGCUCCUAUGGUCAAGGCUAUGCCGUCGGAACUGGUGACGGAGCGGGUGGUGGCGGUGGCAGCAGCAACAAUGAUGGGUCUGCCGGUGGAUCUGGUGGCUGAUCCGGAUCCAGCAGCAGUGGAUACCCCUAAAUUUUACUUCUAA